CAGAAGAGUAAAUGAAUCGACAAUGAAAAGCAGGGGGCUUUUGUCUUCUUCACCGUUGUGCCAGACCGGAAACCCAGUCGACGACUGCUGGGGGGCUUGCGACAUGAGCUGGGAGAACAACCGGCAGAAGCUGGCUGAGUGCGGCAUUGGGUUCGGGAAAAAUGCGGCGGGCGGGCAAGGCGGACAGAUCUAUGUGGUCGAAGACUCGUCAGACGACUCCGACCCCGGCAAUCCAAAACCGGGCACUCUCCGGUACGGGGUGACUCGACAGGAAAAACUCUGGAUCACAUUCACGACCGACAUGAAAAUCGAGCUCCGGCACGAGCUCUUCGUCAACAGCUUCAAGACCAUCGACGGCCGCGGCGCGAACGUGCACAUUACCGGCGUGGGCUGCAUCACACUCCUCUCCGUCACCAACGUCAUCAUCCACAACCUCCUCAUCUACUACUGCAAGCCCUCGCCGGAAAACGACAGAGUACAGGUGAGCCAGCAGUUGACGGAGAAGGUGUCCUCGUCGGACGGCGACGGAAUAUCCGUACAUAUGUCGAGCAUGGUGUGGGUGGACCAUUGCACCCUGAUUCAUUGCGAGGACGGCCUGAUCGACGUCACUCAGGGCUCCACCGCCGUCACCAUCUCCAACAACCUUUUCCUCCGCCACGACAAGGUCAUGCUGCUCGGCCACAGUGACAACGACAAUGAUGACGCCAAUAUGCAGGGAGUGCAGGUGCGCCAUCGGUUAUGGCCUCGUAUCGCAAUUCUGCCGCCGACCAUAGGUAAUCUCUUCCUCUUCCUCCUCCUCCUCUUCUUCUUCUUCUUCUUCUUCUUCUAAUCUUUCUUCUUCUACUUCUUCUAAUCCUCUUCAAAUUUCUGGUCCUAUGUUCUCUUCUUCUUUGGAAUUUUUCGAUUUGAAUUUUAUUUAUUAAUUUGGAAUUUUCGAAUUUGAAUUUUAUUUAUUCAGGAAAACACUUUUAUAAGUUGAAACAAUGUCAUGUUUGUGGCAGUACAUUUACCAGGAUGGCAAUCUGAGAUGUCAUUUUUGUUUCAAAAAUGUCAUGAAAAUGACAUUUUUCCUUUUUGGAAAUGUCAUUUUCUUCUUUGAAACUGUCAUCUUAGCAAAAGUGACAGAUUAGAAAUCAUUUUCUUCUUUUGUAAUGUCAUAAAAGAAAAUGACACAAUAAUGACAAUUUCGUACAGAAACAUGUCAUUCUCAAUAUGUCAUUUUCAAAUAUUGUAAUGACAUAAAAGUGACAUUUUUUAAAAGUACCCAAUAAUUAUGACAUUCUCUUAUUCAAAAAGUGUGAUUUUCUGGAAAUCUAAAGAAGAAGAAAACAGAGGACCCAGAUUUGAAGAGGAUGGGAAGGAGAAGACAAAAAAAGAAAAGAAGAAGAAGAAGAACAAGAAGGAGAAGAGUAAAGGAGGUGAGCUCUCAUGGUGGAGCAACGGCAGCGGCAAAGGGAGGAGCAAAAGAAAAAGAUGAAGAAACUUACCUGGGUAGACAUCCAUCGAUCGCACCCAGCGAAUCGAUGCAGCAGCAAUUAAGAAGGGUCUUUUUGUCCAAAUACAAAUAAUUAGUCCGAUUAAGGGAAUUUAAAACAUUACGUCCCAUUUUUGCAAUUCUAUCUUCUUUUAAUCCUAUUUAGGGAAUUCAUGAAUGAACCGUAAUAAGAAGUAUAAAUAAAUCAUCUAACAAAACACUAAUUUCAAAUCCAGCUCUCCUUAACUUCAGCUCUCAUAAGGAGGUCGCCGCUUCAGCUCUCACCCGUCUCUGUUGGUCUUCACCCCGCACGCCACGGUCAUCGGUCCUCCUCCUCGUCCUCGUCCAAUUGUGAAUUAUUGGGGUGGGAAUGAGUGAUAAAACAAUAUCGGACUUGGGUCUAGGUGGGCAAUAGCGAUAAGUACGUGAAUGAUGGUCCAAAUCGACGGCGCACGACUAGGGUUUCCGAUGAGGCUAGUGCAUACCAGUAUAGGGUCACAUAUCGGAGUAAGGUGAGGCAAGAAAAGGGGAUGGGGUGAGGUAAUGGAGGAGUCAGGCGUGUGGGGUAGGGGACGAUAAUGGUGGGGUUAGAGUUUUAUCCGCCUAGGGCGACGACAGCAGUGUCAGGGAAGGUGGGUCAUGGUGGUGGUGGCGCGGGAGACCGCGUGUCAUGAUUUUGUGGUUGCAAUAGAAUACCAAGUCACUUGAUAUAAUUGCAACUUGUUGGAUGUAACUCUGAUUGGCAUAGGGGCCGGGUGGUCAUUGCGAUCGGUGGUCGGUAACGGUCACUGUGACAUUGGUCUCUUUACUGCUGACCACCGUAGUGCGUCUCAUGGGUUUAGUAAGGGUGUAAUGGUUUGCCAUCUUAGUUUUUUUAGUUUCACUUUUGGAAAUUACAAAAACACCUCUUUUAUCCAUUAAUUAAUUUAUAGUAAUACCUUUGCCCUAAUCCUUUUUUCUUGGUCAACAUGGUUUCAUUUUAUUUAAUUAUUUAAUACUUUGUAUAUCAAUUUUGCAUUAGUCCCUCCAUUACUUAAAUUUUUGUCAUCUUUAAAUUUUGAUCAAUCAAAUUAAAAUUUGAUAAAUAUUACUAUGUCUAUCAUUGUAAUAAAAAAGGGAAAUUAAAAUAAUCGAUCUUAAAAAUACUUUCAUAAAAUAUAAAAUUUAUAACUUUCAUGAAAUUAUACAAACAAAGUCAUUAUUCAAAGUGCAUCCUCGUCAAUAUAUAAAGUUAAAGAUGACAAAAUUUUAAGCGACAUAAAUAAUAUAUCACCUUAGCAUUUGCAAAUUAUGUACAACUUUCAAUUCAAUAUUAAAAAUAUCGCAACUUUAUACAAUUUUAAAUUCAAUAUAAAAAAAUACAAAUUAGAAGUCGACAUGUCCCACUAACAUUAAGAUAUGUGUCUCUCACCGUAGGUGACCGUAGCAUUUAAUAGGUUCGGGGAAGGGCUUACGCAGAGGAUGCCGAGGUGCAGGAAAGGGUAUUUCCACGUGUUCAACAACCACUACACCUGUUGGGGAAUUUACGCCAUCGGCGGCAGCGCCAACCCGACCAUCAACUCCCAGGGUAACCAUUUCACUCCGCCGGCGAACCCUCAUGCUCUGGAGGUGACGAAACGAACAGAAACAUCAGACGAGGGCGAAUGGUCAAGCUGGAAUUGGAGGUCAACGGAUGAUGUGUUCGACAAUGGGGCAUUCUUUGUACCUUCCGGUGACCAAUCCGACAACGCAUACCAAAAGGCGACCAGCUCGGCCGAUGUCAAGUCCGGCGGCAUGACGAAACAGUUGACAAGCAACGUCGGCCUCCUCAUUCUCAUGCCAAAUGGCAGGUCAAGACUCAGUUUCCAAUGAGGAAAAUGUCAGUUUGGAACAUCAGUUGUAAGCCAGAAGUAAAGAGUACAUCAUUGUGCAAUUGGGACCCGGCUAGAGCAAUCAUGUUUGCUCUGUACCUUCGAUUCGGCGGAAGAGGCCAUCUGGCUUUCUACAAAAGCGCCAAGUAGAUCUGAAUGCUAAGCAACCAAAACCAAGACAAAUUUUUUUGGUGCCGGAGGAUCUCAAUUAGCUUCUCGAUUUGAGCCUAAAACAACAAGCUAAGGAUGGAUCGCUGCGAUUCAAACCAGCAUCGUUGAGUCUCUUCCUAUUCCCAUAAAGGAGAGCAGUCGCUCUCACCGGAGUUGCCACCCUGUCCCAGAGUUCGCCGGAGGUCCUAACAAGAAAAGCCAUGUUUUCCUACCAAGAAGAGCCAUGUUUGAGGAAUUCCGGGUAGAGGAUUGGGGACGAUGGUUAAAUCUGGGAAGAGGGGAACCAGGAAAAAGAAUAGGAAAUAGAAAUAAAAAAGGAGAAUAAAACAAAGAAAAAUAAAGAAGAAAAAAAAUAAUUUCCAUGUGGCCUGCCACGUGGCAGCUAACUGAAAAAUCGGUUCUUGACCUGCUAAAACCCCUCAAUUGAACGUUUUGUAAAAGUUCAGGGAUUUAAUUGGGUGUUUUCAAAAUACAAGAAUCUAAUUGAAUUUUCUGAUAUAAAGUACGAGAAUUUAUUUGACAGUUUCUCUUUAUGAUAUAAUUUUAUUUUAACUUUUAAACGGCUAUCAAUAUUUUUUAAAUAUUUUUUGUUGAAGUAUAUCUAACGACUAUAUUCCACCCUGACAAAGAAGUGAAACAACUCAAUACUAAACUCAUGAGUAUCUACGGAGGUGUGAAGAUUUGGAAAGAGAAAGGAGCAGCAUGAGAUCAUUGUCUUUUAGCCAAUCCCUUCUUGUACUAACAUUGCUCUAAGUCUCAACAAAUUAAACAAUGUACUAUUGGCACAAUUUUCUUUUAUUGUCUAAAGGGACAAUUGUCUAACAUUGUCUAAAGGGGCAAACUAGUUUUUCUUGUGUUAAUAUUAGAGAAUAUUGUUGUAGCAAAUAUUUGAGUUAUUAUUUUUACAUUAUGUGAA